CUAAAGGAAGCCAGUGACAACUCUGGGGUGCAGGAGGCAUUGGCCCAGCUCCAUUGGCCCAGGCAUUUAUUCCAUCAGCUGCUGGAAAACCUGCAGGAGCAGCAGCUCAUCCAAGGAAGGGCAGUGACUGUUGCACAGGGAUGGUUUAAUGACAUUUUCCACAAACUCAGAGCUGCUGCUGAGAAGCAAGUUUAUAUGCUGGAAGAGAUGAACAAGGAAUUAAAGGCCAAGUGUGCUGGUUUAAGAGAACAAAUCUCUAACUAUGAGGCUGACGAAGUAAAAAGAGAGGGCAAUGCCAGAGAGCUGCAGCAGGAGCUUGCUGAAGCUCUUAAGAAGCUGUCUGGGGCAGAAGCUCCACUGGAAGUUGCUACGAGGCACUGCAGGAACCUGGAGGAAGCCAACCUGGGCUUGGAAAAGGAAUUGGGAGAGGCUAAAUCCAAGAAUUGAUGAAAAAAAAAAAAAACCACAAACAGGAAACGCCAACAGAAAGCUUCAUGGAAAGUGGAAGAACACACUUCCCAUCAGUGGAGGUCUGGCUGUCAGUCCAUUUCACCAUUCAACUCACCUGGGACAUCCUGGCACCAGUCUGGCUCUGAACAGAGGUCUGAGUUCAGCAGAAAGCUUCCCAAGUUCAUCCAUAGGAGCAGAGUCAUUGGGGAACAGAGAUUUGCUCCUGUU